UCAAGAGUUUCUUGGAGGUGAAGUAAUGUAAUGGAAAUUUGUGUAAAACCACACAUCACCAUGUUUUGAAGUGCUCAUAAGGAAAUACUUAGUGAUGAAUACACCACCUAACAAUCAUCCUUCAGAAGCUAGGGAUGUUGGAAGUUCAAAUUCCAAUUUCAAUGGAAUUAACUUAACUCAAAGGAAGAUUUUGUCAGAUUCAAAGUUUCAACGUGUUUUGCAUACUCCACUCAUGACAGAUCCAGCAGGGGCAUUAAUAAACCAUCAAAAACAUGGAAGUUAUGCAGAUCUUCCUGCUGCCAAAAUUUCUGAACUAAUGAAAUCAUCUUGUUUGGAUAAUGCUCCUACUCAAUCACUUUUGAGUGUUGUGAAUGGUAUUUUAGAAGAAAGUGUUGAAAGAAGAAAUGGAGAAAUACCUCAGCGUGUGGCUUGCUUGUUAAGAAAAGUUGUCCAAGAGAUUGAGCGGCGUAUUUCAACACAACAAGAACAUUUAAGAACACAAAAUAAUAUUUUUAAGACUCGUGAAGAAAAAUAUCAAUCAAGAAUAAGAGUACUUGAGACUCUUGCAUCAGGAACUAAAGAGAUUGUUCUUACAGGCCAACAUCAACGGUUGAAGAAUGAGAAUAUUAAACAAGAAGAAAAGAAGGGAGAUGACUUGAAACCGAUUGAGAAGAUCAUAAAAGGAGAAAAGAAGACUGACGACACAUUACACGCCAAAAAGAUUAAUGAGGAGGAAAAGAGAAAACUUGAAGAAGAAGUUAUUAGGUUGAUUAAAGAGGUGGAGGAAAAAAAUAUCGAAAUUUCAACAUUAAAGCAAGAAAAGAAGACAAAUGCAAUGCAAGAGAAGGGAAAACUUGAUGAAGAAGUAACUAGAUUGAUUAAAGAGGUUGAGGAAAGAAAUAUGGAAAUUUCAACAUUGAAGCAAGAAAAGAAGACUAACGAAAUGCAAGAGAAGGGAAAACUUAAUGAAGAAGUAACUAGACUAACUAAAGAGGUCGAGGACAAAAAUAAAGAAAUUUCAACAUUGAAGCAAGAAAAGAAGACGAAUGAAAUGCAAAAGAAGGGAAAACUUGAUGAAGAAGUAACUAGACUGACUAAAGAGGUCGAGGACAAAAAUAAAGAAAUUUCAACAUUGAAGCAAGAAAAGAAGAUGAGCGAAAUGCAAAAGAAGGGAAAACUUGACGAAGAAGUAACUAGACUGACUAAAGAGGUUGAUGACAAAAAUAAGGAAAUUUCAACAUUGAAGCAAGAAAAGAAAGCGAACGAAAUGCAAGAGAAGAGAAAAUUUGAUGAAGAAGUAAUUAGACUGACUAAAGAGGUUGAGGACAAAAAUAUGGAAAUUUCAACAUUGAAGCAAGAAAAGAAGACAAACGCAAUGCAAGAGAAGGGAAAACUUGAUGAAGAAGUAAUUAGACUGAUUAAAGAGGUGGCAGAUAAAAAUAUGGAAAUUUCAACAUUGAAACAAGAACAAAAGACGAACAACGUAAUACAAGAGAAGGAAAAGAGAAAAAUUGAUGAAGAAAUUACUAGAUUGAUUAAAGAGGUUGAAGAUAAAAAUAUUGAAAUUUCAACAUUGAAGCAAGAAAAGAACACAAACGAUGCAAUCCAAGAGAAGGAAAAAAGAAAAAUUGACGAAGAAGUUACUAGAUUAAUUAAAGAAGUAGAAGAAAAAAAUAUGGAAAUUUUAACAUUGAAGCAAGAAAAGAACACGAACGACGCAAUACAAGAAAAGGAAAAGAGAAAAAUUGAUGAAGAAGUUACUCGAUUGGUUAAAGAAGUUGAAAAAAAAAAUAUGGAAAUUUCAACUUUGAUGCAAGAAUCAGAAACAAUGAAAAGAAGUUAUGAAGUGCAAUGCUCACAAUUGGAAUCAAAAGUUAAGGAUGCUAAAGAAGAAAUGAAUCAAAAGUCACAAGAAUAUGAGAAUCUAUUGGAAAAGUUAAGAAAUAAAUUUAAAGAGAGUGAAGCCUCUUUUGAGUUAAAAUAUCAGAAGUUGAACAUGAAACAAAACCUUAUGCAUAAAGCUAUGAUUUUUCAGUUUAAUUCCAUACAGAAAUUGAAAUUGUCUUGGGAAUCUAUUAAACAAGAUGUUGUGAAAGAGAAAAUGAUUUACUCAGAGGAAUGCAAUCGUUUAGGUGUAAAUCUUAAACAACUAGUGAGUGCAGCUGAGAAUUAUCAAAUAGUUCUUACAGAAAAUCGAAAAUUAUUUAAUGAAGUUCAAGAAUUAAAAGGAAAUAUUCGAGUUUAUUGUCGAAUUAGGCCAUUUCUUCCAGGACAAAAAGAAAAACAAUCUAUUGUUGAACACAUUGGUGAAUCUGAUAUGGUUGUUGCAAAUCCAUCAAAACAAGGGAAAGAAGCACUUAGAACAUUUAAGUUUAAUAAGAUAUUUGGUCCUCUCUCAACUCAAGCUGAGGUGUAUGCUGACAUACAAGCCUUUAUAAGAUCAGUACUUGAUGGUUAUAAUGUAUGUAUAUUUGCCUAUGGUCAAACAGGUUCAGGAAAAACAUACACAAUGAGUGGUCCAAAUGGUGCAAGCAAUGAAAGUGUUGGCGUUAACUAUAGAGCUUUAAAUGACCUCUUCAACAUAUCUUCAAGUAGACAAAGCACUAUAGUUUAUGAAAUUGGAGUUCAAGUAAUUGAGAUAUAUAAUGAACAAGUUCGAGAUUUGUUAUCGACUGAUUCAUCUGUCAAAAAAACACUUGGGAUAUUGAAUAACUCUCAACCAAAUGGUUUAGCAGUACCUGAUGCUAGCAUGCUCCCUGUGAAAUCAACUGCUGAUGUCAUAAAGCUAAUGGACAUUGGUUUGAAAAAUAGAGCAAAAGGUUCAACUGCUAUGAAUGAAAGAAGUAGUCGUUCGCAUAGUGUUGUUUCGAUUCAUGUUCGUGGUGCGGAUAAGAAGUCUGGUUCUUCUCUCCAAGGUAAUCUUCAUUUGGUAGAUUUGGCCGGAAGUGAAAGGAUAGAUCGCUCGGAAGUAACCGGAGAUAGACUAAAGGAAGCACAACAUAUUAACAAAUCAUUAUCUGCUCUUGGAGAUGUCAUUUUUGCUCUUGCUCAAAAGAGUGCUCAUAUACCAUAUAGAAAUAGCAAGCUCACACAACUUUUGCAAAGCUCUCUAGGUGGUCAUGCAAAGACACUUAUGUUGGUCCAAAUUAAUUCAGACAUAAAGUCUUAUUCUGAAUCUGUGAGUACAUUGAAGUUUGCUGAAAGGGUUUCUGGAGUUGAGUUAGGAGUUGCAAAAAGUACUAAAGAAGGAAGAGAUGUUAGAGAAUUAAUGGAACAGGUCGCUUCUCUCAAAGAUACAAUUUCGACAAAAGACGAAGAAAUCGAGCGACUACAAUUACUUAAGGAUUUAAAAAAUUCCGAGAAGCUUGAAGAUUAAGUCACACUUCCUAGAGUGAUUUUUUUUAAAAUUUUCAUUCUCAAUGUGUAUAUAGCAGCUCCAGAAUUGACUUGAUUAUGGAUACAAUAGUUGUAAAGUAUUA